CUCCUCCUCGGCUGCCUCCUGCCCCGGCGCGGCCCGCUCAGGCUGGUCUCAGGGCGGGAGGAGAUUAAAGCUGGCUCCCGAAGCUCACCCCAGCCCAUGUCACCCUCUGAUUUCCUGGACAAGCUUAUGGGACGAACCUCAGGGUACGACGCCCGCAUUCGACCCAACUUCAAAGGUCCACCUGUCAACGUGACGUGCAACAUCUUCAUCAACAGCUUUGGCUCUGUCACCGAGACCACCAUGGACUACCGGGUGAACGUGUUCCUGCGGCAGCAGUGGAACGACCCCCGCCUGGCUUACCGGGAGUACCCCGACGACUCCCUCGACCUCGACCCCUCCAUGCUCGACUCCAUCUGGAAGCCAGACUUGUUCUUUGCCAACGAGAAAGGGGCCAAUUUCCACGAGGUCACCACCGACAACAAGCUCCUGCGCAUCUUCAAGAAUGGCAAUGUGCUCUACAGCAUUAGGCUGACACUGAUCCUGUCCUGCCCCAUGGACCUCAAGAACUUCCCCAUGGACAUCCAGACAUGCACCAUGCAGCUGGAGAGUUUUGGCUACACUAUGAACGACCUCAUCUUCGAGUGGCUGGAGGAGCAGGAGGCCGUGCAGGUGGCAGAGGGCUUGACGCUCCCACAGUUCAUCCUCAGGGAUGAGAAGGACCUGGGCUAUUGCACCAAGUACUACAACACAGGCAAGUUCACCUGCAUUGAGGUGAAGUUCCACCUGGAGAGGCAGAUGGGUUACUACCUGAUCCAGAUGUACAUCCCCAGCCUGCUCAUUGUCAUCCUCUCCUGGGUCUCCUUCUGGAUCAACAUGGAUGCAGCACCAGCCCGGGUGGGCCUGGGCAUCACCACGGUGCUCACCAUGACCACGCAGAGCGCCGGCUCCCGGGCCUCCCUGCCCAAGGUGUCCUAUGUGAAGGCCAUUGACAUCUGGAUGGCCGUGUGCCUGCUCUUCGUCUUCGCCGCCUUGCUGGAGUACGCAGCCGUCAACUUUGUCUCCCGCCAGCACAAGGAGUUCAUGCGCCUGCGCCGCCGCCAGCGACGGCAGAGGAUGGAGGAAGAGCUGAGCCGCGAGAGCCGCUUCUACCUGCGAGGCUACGGGCUGGGCCCCUGCCUGCAGCCCAAGGAGGGGGCUGGGGAGGGCCCUGGCGUGUACAGCCCCCCGCCAGCCAGCGCCGUGCUGCGGGAAGGGGAGAGCCUCCGCAGGCGCUACAUCGACCGGGCCAAGCGGAUCGACACCAUCUCCCGAGCCGUCUUCCCCUUCACCUUCCUGGUCUUCAAUAUCUUCUACUGGGUCGUUUACAAAGUGCUGCGCUCAGAGGACAUCCACUCGGUGCCCUGAGGCUGGAAAAGUACGACUGCCUCUUGGUGUGAUCCCCACAGUGUGCCCUGGUGCCACAAGCUCAGCCAGAACUACAUUUCCCUCUAUCCUGGAGCGAUGGCACAACUGGGCUGAGCCUCGGAGCCUGGACGUGUGGCAGCCCCCGUGCCCCACUGGAUUCCGUAGCACAAAGUGGGGGAUCAACAAUCACAGGUCCCCAUGGUCAGCUGGAGAGAGGGACCCCUCCUGCUUCCUGCAUGGUGUCACCCCCAGGUACCCCAGGAUGCUGUGCUGUCAGGGCACAGGGAAACAGCUACAAGCCAGGAAUGCUGCACAGCUGGGGGAAGCCCAGAAGAGCCCCAGGUACUUUGGCACAGCCAGUAGCCAGAAAACAUCACCUUCCAGAAAAAUACCCUCCCCCUCUCCACACCUACCACUUUAGGCUGCUGCUUCUCCAGCCUGUGUCACUCAGCUGUGGGCCCCCAGCAGCCAGGAAAGAGCAGGCAGCACUCCUGCCUGCACCUGGACUCUUUGGGGUGCUGGCUGUGGCCCCAUAGCCCCCUGCCCAGCAAUGGACAGGGCCCCUCCAGCCCCACCCAGCUCCAACACCCAGCAAAGCAGCAGGUCGGGGACGCUGCCCUCCCUGCAGAGCUCAGAACUGCCCGUGAUGCCCAGGGCUGCAGGCAGGACUGACAGGGACAGUGGGCAGGAGGCUCUGCUGGCUCCAAGGAAAUGCCAGCCCUGAGGCAGGCAGCAGGCAAACUCAGUCCUACUAAAGGGCCACAGAUGGCCACCGCAGUUGCAGAUGGGGGUCACUUGGCACUGGGGAGAUGGCACUGCAUUAUCAGCAAGGUAGGGCCCACAGCCCGUAUUCCAAGGGAGACUUUUUUGGAUGAAAGCAGUGGGGAAAGCUUGGCCAAUCCUUUUGGAGGAGCAGAGUGAGUGGUGGCAUCCCCAGACUGCUGCAUUCCCGCAGCACCACGGUGACAGAAGAGAGAUGGAGAUGAAAAUUGCCCCAUUCCCCGGCCCAGCAACCAGGUCAGCAUCCCCUGGGCAGGUUCAUCCCUAAUACUCCUCCACUGCAGAGGAGAGCAACUGGGACCCCAAAAGGACAAGAUCAGCAAGGCUUCCAGCCCUCCAGACCUGGAUACCCUCCAUGCUUUGCAGGAAAUAAAAGCAGCAGGUGAUGUUUAAGUCCUCCAGAGAGAAGUGUGGUGAUGCUCUCCUUUCCCUCUGCCCACAGUCAGCCUGGAGGAGGUUGCAGCCCAGCCGGCCCCAUGGCCAUGGGUGCAGGAGAGGGCCCAGAGUCUUCCAGACAGGGCAGGAUGGAAACAGGAUUCACCCCUUUCCUUGGAGGCUGUGGUGCCCCCAUGGCACAGUGAGUGCACAGUGACCCACCUGCCAUGGCAGAAUGGACCCUGCAGGGCAGGAGGGGGACACGGGCAGGAGGCCAGCACUGUCUUCUAAAGCCAGAAACAGGCAGAAACCCCUGCUGUGAUCCCUGGUCUGGCUCCUCAGGCACCACUCAUCACCCUCUUCCUCGCAGGACUGACUGGCAGCAUCGUCCAGCCCUUCUGAGCCCCCUGAGCCCCAAGGAGUGCUCAGCACAUGCACCCAUCUUACAGAUGGGGCAAACAGAGAACUGGCCCCAGGCCAACCCAGGAGGGGACUGAAGGACCCACAGGACAGGCUGAGCCAGCUCCAUCCCAUUGCCAGCCCUGUGCAUGCCUCCCCUGCUGUGGGGUCCCCCAUGAGGUCCCAAUGUGUGUCCAGGCCAGACUUGCUUUUGGGGAGGCCCCAUUUGCAGGCACUCUUGGCUCCCCAGCACCCGAGGCAGUGCCAAACAGGGAGGUACCGGUGUCUGAGCAGCACCCACAGGCACUGGGCAGCCAUGCCAACCUCCAGCAGUGGUGGGUUUUUAAACAGCAUCGAUCUUCCUACGCAAAUAAAGCUUUCUGGGAUUUUC